GCAGGCAAUGGUGUUGGGUUUGAUAAAGUGCGUCCGGGUAACACGCCGUGCUCACUUUGGUUUCGAAAAGAACAUGCUGCCGUCAGGAUCUGCAACGAAUUACCAGGCAAAGACGUUUCCGCUGCCGUACGCUGUGGGCUCGAUGCCCCGAUCGCGCGUGGGCCACGUUUGCGGUGUGCAGGCGAGCAUAUACACCGGACUCUGUCCAUGUCCCCACUACUCCGUCGUCCUCCCUUGUCGCCCCACGCGCGGACUGCUGCCAAGUGCUGUGCGCAUCUGCUACUGUACUGCACCUCGCCUCCUCCCACGCUCCCACGCCACGCCAUGAGUGCGGUCAGAAGGCGCCGGAAGCCGCAUGCUCCCGACUGUCUACGCUGCACCACGCACCAGGACGAAGGUAAGAAGGACACUGCUGCGGCUGCGAGAGAUCUCCCGCACGCCAUCGCCAACACAACUCGGACACGACUGCAUGGCACCCGGCAGUGGGUGCGUGGGUAGGAUCGACCGGCUCCCACUGUCCUAUCGCUUCUCGCCUGCUCCUCAUUUCUUGUUUCUCGCGGCCACGUAACCUCCCCCUCCUGCCUCGGCCAUCGCCAUGCUGGCCCACUGGGCUACCCCCGCCGCUCGGCCAGCCACUCCUUGUACAGCCCAUCGAGGCUGCGGUGGAUCAUAUG